AAGAGCCGUUUUAUCGUGGAAUGUAUUCAUUGUAAUUUUAUGAAUGAACGAGAGAGGAGGGGCACUUGUCAUUAGGUGAAUAGCGAUAAAUGGACUAAGCAAAUUAAUAUCACCGAGGGCAAUAUUUCACACAAAGGCCGACUCAUUCAUUGUAUAGGUCGACCUAUGUUAUCAGCGUAAAGAUUUUACCUGUAAACUGGAGACAGGUAGAUUCUCUUGAGAUGUACCAAAUACACAAACUAAGAUUAAAGGAAUUUAUUUCAUUUGCUGUUUUUGACCCAGAUUUUAUACUGAUAGAGGAAAGUUUUGAAAGUUCUACAUACUGUUUUAGUAGUGUGUAAAAUACACUGUCUUACCAGUAAAAAAAAAUCCUAUUUGCAUGAAUAUUUAUAGAUGGUUGAUAUCUGUAACUUGUAAGAAGAUUUAAUUGGCUAAAUUGAUGAGGAUUUAGUGAGAUUUAUAUUAUAUUUUUUUAAAGGAUACAUGAUUUGUACAAGUGAAUGGUUGACUUGUAUCCAACAAAAAAGGCCAUUUUGAUAAUAUGUGGUACACUUUUACAAGUGAAAAAUUUUGCAAUUAAAAGUAGAAUAAACAUGUUGUUAAGUGUUAAAGGAUUGGAUUAUAUAUAUAAAAAUGAUUUUGUUGAUUCUAUGAUGGAUCUAGCUUUUAUCAGUAUACUGAGCUAAUGGAGUACAGACAGGCCCCUGUUAGUCCUGGGGCAUCCAGUGUGCACUCUCAGGAUGACAUGGAUAAUGCAGACAUCUUAGCAUCCCCUCCUGUUUCUCCACCACCUGUCAAACAAGACAUGGAUGAUGACCGAUUACCAAAUGAACUCUUGGAGGAGAUAUGUGAGGAUAUUGGAAUGAAGGAGGGGAUGGAGUUAGAUUUUGUUGAGUUCUUAAUGGAACAGGACAUGGUUGAUCCACACAUGUACAUGACCCCAGAAGCCAUUAAAAACACAUUAGCUAACGUCAGUUCAGCUCCAUGUGCAGUACCCAGCUCUGUGACUUUUGCCAUACCUUCAAACAAAACAACCUUUAGUGCUGAAAUUACAAAUAGAUCAAAGACUUGUGGUAGUCCCACUACAACAUACUCUCAGGCUUCAAGUACAAAUGGUACAGUUGCAACAUCAAGUGGUUCAAGUAGUCCUGUAGCAAAGCGAUUUCAUGUGUCUACUUCAGGUCCAUCAAGUCCUGUUAGAAUAAAGCCACCUAAUGAUGUUUUCAAAGCUCCACCUACUCCUCCAACACCUCGUCGGCCUUCAUCAAAUUCACAAAGUAUUGCAUCACCAAGUAUUUCAAGUACACAAGGUCCAUUUUCACCACAGCCUUCGACAUCAACCCCACAAAAGCAACCUCCUCCAUACAGUCAGGCUACUUCACAACAGCAGGUUGCCCAAAAAUGUAUGCAACGAGGGAAUCAAUCUUCAUCAGGUGCAUAUAAUUACCAAAGACUAGGUCGACCAGCGCCACCUAAUGUUAAUGUUCAAAACAUGCAUCAGCAGUGGCCUGGUAAAAUUCAACAAAAUCAUGUGCCUCAACAGCCAAAUCAGAUGAAUCAAGCAUGUGCUUUAAAUGGAAACAUGCGAUUCCCGCCACAAACACAGCAGUAUUCAAGACACAGAGAAUCUCCGAUGGACAAUGGUUAUUUCUCAGCUGAUACUGGAAGUGUUAGAAGUUAUGGUUCUUCUGUUCAGUCAUCAGCAUCUGCAUCAUCUUCAAUGACUGCAAUUCAUCGCUCAGCAUCAUUACCGGAUCAAAAAAGUGUUCAUUUUGCAGGGGACUGUGAACGUCCAGUAUUGCAACAACAGCAUUCAUCAGAAGCUUUAGGGGGUUACAAUCCUUAUGAUACAAAUAUACCUGACUGUGAUCUUAUAGAAAACCAAAGAAAUCUUCCGUCCAAAAUAUUACCACGUCUGUCAUCAAGCAUGAAACCUGACAUUGCUCCAUAUAAUUUGAACUAUCCCCGUGGUAGUAAUAGUCGACCAGGGAGUGGGGAUAAUCCAAUGGCACCAGCCCAGACUUUUGAAUAUCCUCAUAGCAAAGCAGGGGAUAUGUUUGAUGUGGACAAUAAUCAGAAUAAUAUGUUUAUAAAUAAUUACAAUAGUUCUAUGCAAAAUCACCCAAUGCAAGAGCCAGAUUUUUCGUCUUGUUCGGGUGGAGCCCCAAUGGGAAUGCAGCCAUUAAGACAUUUUAAUGAACAAAAUUCAUGUAAUAUGCAGCAGAUGAAUGCUCAGCAACAAAUGUAUGGUUCUAUGCAGAGAAACAAAGGUUACAAACAAAAUGAAAUGAGCAAUAUGAACUUCUGUGAUAAUCAAUUUGGCCAUCAAGGGCAGAAUAUGAAUAAUAGUUGUAGUAUGAUGAAUACAGGACCUAAAAUGAUGGGUAACCCUCAUGGUAACCCACAAGGAGGAAUGAUGGGACAGAACUGUAAUUCGGGUUUCCAAGAUGAUGAUUUCAAUCAACAUCAUAUGUCCCAACAAAUGCAUAUGAAUGGACAGCAACCACAGAUUAUGCGACAAGGCAAUAUGGGUAAUGACUUUGAUCAACCACAAUAUAAUCGAAUGCAAGGUGCUAAUAUGAACAGUGGGAUGUUCCCAUCAGAACCUCAACAAAAUAAUAGUGCUCAAAAUUUGUGUCAGCCAAACUGGGGAGGCUCUGCUCCUCAGACACCACAACCGCAACCAGGGAUGAAUCCAAAAGGAUCACAUCCUGGUAUGUCUGGGAUGCCAGUGCCAGACAUGCAAACACAUGGACAGAAUCCUAUGCAAGGAGGAGGUCCUCCGAUGCCCUGUACUAUACCAAACUGUCAGAGUUGUAAAACAGGGUCACCACACCGUCCACCAAUGUUGUCAUCACAACAAAGUUUUAUACAGCAUUUAAUAACCGAUCGCUCUAGUGCCUUCAGAUCACACCCUCUCUUUCCAUUACUACGGGAUUUGAUUAUAGCAGACAUGAACUUUGCAUCACCACAUUUUCCAUAUCAGUUGAUAAGUAAUUUACCGGCAGAUUUUGACAAAUUAUUACAAAACUUUUUACAUAGGAAUCCACCAUCAGGACAGUAUCAAAAUAACUAUGCAGUGGAAAGUGUCAUCAUGGAUGCCUUAAAAUAUGCUCAUCAUUGUUUAAUAGAGAAAAUUCGAUCUCGUCAAGAACAGGAUAAGCAUACAAAGAGUACAUCGAAAUCUUUAAGUGCAAUUGAAGAAUUCUGUGAAAAAUUUGACAGAUCAGUUAGAAACAGUGUGAUAAAGCCUGCAACAUUCCAGGUUCCUAAUUCACAGAACCAAGUAACAACAACAAUGGGUGGACCCAUGGGUCCGGGAAUGACACCUCAGAUGGAGACUCCAACAAAAGACCACAAAUUUAGUGCUAUGGAUAAUAUGAUGAUGGUUGGUGGAAUGUUUGCCUCACCAAUGGCAAAGAAGAAUUUAGAGAUGUCAGCAUUCAGUGGCCAGUUCAAAUCUCUGAAAGACUUGGCUGAUUUUAGUGAUAAUGGCAGUCUUGUUAGUAGUAGUAGCAACCAUAGUAACAAGUCUGAAUCAAAAAAACACCCUAGUCUACCAAAAGAGGCUGUAGCUAUAAUGUUGGACUGGUUAAGACAACAUAAAGAUAAUCCAUAUCCUAAUGAUGAUGAAAAAGCUAUGUUAAUUAAACAGACUGGAUUAACAAUUAAUCAGAUUAACUACUGGUUCACCAAUGCUAGACGUCGAAUUCUACCGAAGUGGGCUCAACAAUGUAAAUAAAAUCAGUAGUUAUUGUACAAUGGGAGAUAACUGUGCUAGUAGAAAAGGUGCCUAGGUCCUGGCUUUUGGUGGAUACUCAUUACUCUGGUAUUAAGUCUAAGCAGUAGUUUAAAAAUACUGUGAGAACAAAAAUAAACAAUAUAAAUUAUGAUUCAGGCCACAUGAUACAAAUUUUUUAAAUGUUGCUAUUUAAUGUUAUGUGACAGGUGUGAAACGUAUGCAAUACUAAGGUUGUUUAUACAAGUUAUUAAUUUAGUAUAUUUUGUUAUUAUUUAAAGAAAUGAAUAUUUACAAAGUGGUUGUUUUAACUCUGUAUUUUGAUAAGAUUUUUUUUGUGUUUUGUGGCCUUUUGUAUUAAACUAUUUAGAUAUUUUCCUGAAAGUUUUUUUUUAUUUACUUGGAAAGUUUUCGGAUUUAAAUUUUCUGUGUAGAAAAAUAAUAAGACAUAAACAGUGAGCAAGAUAUGAUAAAUGAAAAAAAUUGAAAUUGGUGGUGUAAGAAAUAUGUUUUUGUACACUUAAUGUGUUCCUCUACAAAGUGAUGCCCAUGACAAUUUGACUUUUAUAUAUUAUGGUUAGUGCUGAAACAAGCAUACUGCUUGGCAAGUGAAUGCAUUUGUUUAUAUGUGCCUAUGCAUUAUUGUAAUUUAUUUUUGUAAAUUAUUGUCCAAAGGACAUAUAAAAAGUUGUUGAAUUAUAAAACAGUUUAAGAGGAAAGGAACUGUCUAAUAAAGAGCAUAAUUAUUGUACCUUCUGACACUUGUGGUGUUUUCAAUUGUUAAGACUUGCUGCAUGAGGUUAAAAUGGCAAAAGUUAGAUGAAUGAAUUAAUUUCUAGGGUAAAAUGCUGUUGAAACUGAUUGAUUUAUUAUUUUCAUUUACUCCAUUUAAAAUAAAUGAAUUUUGAUCAAGUUCAUUAAGAAGUAAUAUAGCAUUAGCAAUGUAAAUACCUUGUACAUUAAAAGAGUUAGUGCCUUUUUAUACAACUUGUACAUAAGUUUUGGUUUUGUAAUAUUAUGUAAAUAUAUAAAAUAUUAUAUUAAGUAGUUAUUAUUUUUAUUAGAAUUUAAAUGGUGUGACUUUCAGAGUUACAAACUUGUUUUAUUUGUCAUGUUUUAAGUAAUUGGGAAUUAGAUAUUGCACUAUUGAGAUUAUUUGAGUUCUGCAUUAUAACCUUAUUUUGUCUUACUUACUUUUAGCUUACUGCCUUAUUUAUUAUGUGCAUUACUGUUUAAGACAAAAGUAAUAGACAUGUUUUUAACUACAUUUUUAUUAUUAUUUAGUGUUUUGAAAUAAAAGACUAUGAUUUAGUCAUUGUAAAAAUUUGAUUUUGUAAAGAAGGAUGUAUUCAAUCCAUAGUGAGGCAAAAUAACAUUUUAAAGAGGAAAAAAAAAAAAAAAAAAUAAAAUGAAAUGUGUAUGGUUACUGUUUUUACAAACCAUAGUAUUCACAUUUUAGUAUUAUAUUGGAACACUUUCAUGUUAGAUGGGUUUAGCAACUGAGUAAGAAAAUUUAAGUUUUUGAUUGCCCAAUUAAAAAAAGUUGAAUGAGCCAGAUUUAUAGGUGCUUCUAGGAUUAUAGCAAUAUCUUCUUCCUAAUUGAUCAUGUGAUGUAAUAAAAUGCAUGUGAUGAUCAUGUGAUGUAAUAAAAUGCAUGUGAUGAUCAUGUGAGAAAUUUUACUGAAUAGUAUGUUUUACAGUGCGUGCACUUGGCUAUACAAUGGCAUCUUCUUUUAUAAACAUAGUCUUUGUGAUUGUACAUGUGUUGAUGUUAUUAUUCUUUUCUCUUUUCUUCAAUACUCUUUCUAUCUUUCUUAUGUAUUCAUUGUGAAAUUAUCCCAUUUUUGUUGUGCCUACAAAAUCACGGAAGUUAGACUUCAAUAGCUUUGAAUUUUAGAAAACUUUGACAGAAACUUUUCUAAAGUUUAUAGAUAAUGUCUGAAGCAAAAUUUUGAAAAUAUUUUUUUUUUUUUUGAAUUUUCGGUAUUUGUGUUGAAAGACAGACUUUACUCCUGAAGGCAUCAUUGUUAAAUAAGUGUAGGCAACUUUUUAACUGAUAUGACUGAUAUGUGUUCUUCAUAUACAGAUAGGUAAAACUACAGAAAUUAUAGUUCAAACAUUACAGAAACCUUCUGUAGCUAUGGCAGUUGUCUCUACCUCAAUUGAAGAGUGAAAUCUCAUUGUACUUCAUUGAUUCACAAAUUAUAUACAUUUUCAUAUUAUGUCUUUUUUUUCCCUUUUUUAUUUUAGUUUCAGUGCUUUCUAAAGUUUGAAAAAAGGAUCUCUUUUUACUUUGAUCUUGAUGUAUGUCCAUUUAUUAUCUAACAAACUUUCCUCUUUUUUAAAGUUUUAUUUAAAAAAUGGCCAAAAAUGAUCUUCAAUUUAGUUUAUUUUUGAUUAAUAUUUGAUGAAUUCAUUCAAGUACUUAUUUCAAGAAGAAAAAAAAACAAAUGAAAAGGAAAGUUGUACUUAAGAUUUUGAUGUAUAGAAAAGGUAUUGAAGCCUUAAUUUUUCUACUUAAUGCUAUUCACAAAUGUUUUUCCAGUAGUUCUGUACCCACCUUCAUAACAGUAUUAUACCAGUCACAGAAAACUGAUGUAUUCAUCUUUGGGCAAUUUUAGAAGCAAACAAUUUAUGAGGAAUUUAUUUAAAGGUAUUGCGGGGAGGGGAGGUUUAUUAUUAAUGGUUUUGAUUUUUCUGUAUUAGAAAAGUUUUUACUAAGUAAAUGAAUAUUGAAUUAAUUACAUAAAUUUCUUUGCAAGCUCUAUUUAUUUUAUUUUUUCCAGAAUAGAUGUUACUGAAUGGAGGGAUAUAAAGGAUGUUUAGGUCAAAAUUAAUAGCUUCCUGGAAAAGCAUUUCAUUACUUUAAUUAUGUUUGGGUGUUUUAAAAGCAAAAUAUAGAAUUGAAAUAAAUUGUGGAUUGAUUUUAUAAGUAUCAAGCCUUUUAUCAAAGUGCCUUUUUAUAGGUGUCAAGGUUGUACAAGUGUAAAGACACGUAGAGAUUUUUACAUUAACAUUAAUGCCAGUCAACAUGUCAGUUAAUUUUUAAAAUGUUGCUUUAAAAAUUUAUUUCUUAAUGCACAUUACAACACAUUAUGCAAAAAAACAAGGAGACAGUCAAGAAACAGUUGUUAAUCUUGUCCAGAAUGAUGAUAUUGUAUUUUUAUAGAUAUAUGGCAUUUUAUAAACAGCCUUUAGAAGUAUUUUACAUGUAUAAUACUUAGCUUUUGUCUGAACAAAAGAAUGUGCCAUUUUUAUUGCUUUUUAAAUUAUAAACAUUGUUGAACAAGCAUGUGAAAACAAAUAUAAAUAAAAUUUGUUUAAAAUUUA